AAUGCCUCCAGGUGAUAAACCUUUGCCACCUGCAAAAAGUGUUUUUAUUUCACAAGAAUCGGAUACAAUUUCUUCAUCAAAAAUAGAAACUGGAAUUGGUGAAAUGCCUGAAGAUUUUCAAGAAAAAUCGGCAGAUGGUCAAACAUAUAUUGCAAUACGUUGUUUACCAGAUGAUCAAGGAACAUAUGCGUAUAUCGGAUUAAAUAUUAAUAAAGAAAUAUCAUGUACGUCUAGUAGCAUAUGUUGUUCAUGUACUAGUAGCACAUCUAAAUCGCAAACUUUAGACAAUAUAUCUAAAAUUACUGCAUUGGGAGAACAUUUAUCAGAAGCUCAAAUGGAAGACUUUUACAAACAUAAUAUAGAACCUAAAAUAUCUGGUGAUAUUAUUCAACUGUAUCAAUCAUUACAUACGCCACAAAAAACAGCAAGUUCCAGACAAAGAGAUGGAAUGAAAUUUUACAAUAAAUUACUUAGGCAAAUUGAUAAUGAGAUAACAGGAGUCGAAUAUGAGAAUGAUGACGUAAUAAAGUUUUUAUUAAAUAGAUUAGAACAAGAUUUAAAGAAAGAUCCCAAAAUGAAAUACAUGUUCAAAUUGACUCCUGAGCAAAAAAACUUGAAGUUGUUAGAAAUACUAAGACAACAAGUUAUUGUUAGACUCCAAAAAGAGAAGCGAAGACUUUUAGUAACACAAAUAGAAGAACAUAUGUUAACAUCUUCAGUUGACUCUAAAUGUUGUUCAAGUUAUAAGGAAAAAGGGACGGAAUCUAUGUGGGAAUUGACAGUGACUAAACCAUUAACAGAUAAUGAUAUUAAUAAAUUAUGUGAUUUAUAUCCCGAAGAGGUUGUUUCAACCUUUUUAGAUUUACUUAUAGCUGACAGACAAGUAAUAUUACAAAGAGGCAAAAGAAGACAAUUACAAAUGAUAGAAAAAAUGAAAUCUGAGAUAGACAAAGAAAUUCAAUCUGAUAAAGCAAUAUAUAACAAAUUACGAGAAACAUAUAGAGAAUGGAAUGAAAUUUUGUCAACAAUUGAAAGCAUGAUGUAUGAAGCAGAAAAUAAAAUUGUAAAAAAUGGUGAAAUAUUAGGACCGAAAGAAGGAAUAUUAGAAAACAUGAUUGCCGAUAUAAAAGAGACUGAGAAUUUAGUUAUGGAAGAAGCUCAUCUUGGAGAGAUAUUAAUUGAGAAAAUUAUUGAAGCAAAUAUGUGGACAUUUUCAGUUCAGGAAAAUGAUAAAAAAGAUGAAUCAUGGGAAAUAAAGUCAGCAAUAGAAAAUAUGAGAAAGCAAAGUAAAAUGUACAAGUUACUUAUUAACAAACAAAAGAGAAGGAUUAAGCAACUACAUGAAAAGUUAUUCUGUUGCCAAAAGUAGUAAUUAUAAUACUUUUUAAUCACAUAUAUAUAUAUUUUUUAUAAUUUACCU